AUGACGGCGGGCUUCCCAUGUCAGGAUUGUUCUGUCCUGAACCCGUCGUCGUCCACGUCGUCCAACAGAUCCUGCGUUGCCGACGGCACUCUUCGCACUGGCUCCGUGCUGCAGGGCAUCGUUCACUACCUGCAGUCGACGGGCCUCGUCGGACCGAAUUUCUGUUUGUUUGAGAACGUCGCCGGACUGAAGACGAAGACCCGUAACGCCGACGGCAGCACUGGACCCUCCAACCUGGACCAUGUCGGACACUUGAUCAGCACAAAGACAGAUCGUUUGCUGCAUGUCUGGGAGUUGGACCCACGAAUGUUCGGUGUUCCACAAAGUCGAAAGCGGCUGUGGAUGACAGCCAUUCCACGCCGGAUCUUCGAGGGACUCCUUCCAGAACACGAAGGCUACGACACGCCGGACUCCGGAGUUCUCGCCUUCGACGACGACCACACCUACGACCCGUCGGACUACGAGCCUGCCACGGGCGCCCCGAAGGACCUGUACUCGUACAGUCCACCCGACAGGCCUCCUCCCCGGGUCCGGUCCACGCCGGGCGCCAAGCCACUGGUCGGACACGGCACUGUUCUGGAUCCACCCGGUGAAGGCGGUCCACGAGCGCGGGCCCCGCCGAAGCCUCGACCCCAAGUUCGACCCGAAUGGGCUGCCUAUGUGGCAAACACGCCAAAACGAAGGCGGCCAGAGCAGCAGCACUCGGGCUUGCCGACUCCGACUCACUCGCAGGCCACAACCACGACGGCCGUGAAGUUCUCCUCGGCGGCCUCGUCAUCCUCGCAGGCCCCCCCCCGCGGGCCGACCGAGAGGGAACUCCUCAUGAAGCAACUCGAGAUCGAGAUGGAGCGCAAGAAACUCGAGGCGGACUACUUGGCCAUGCAGCUCUCGCAGGUCCAAGAGCACGACGCAGGACUGCAAGGGGCGAAGACUCCCAGCAUCCCGAAGGCCGCCCCGGCGGCAAAGCAGGCACCCGCCUGCAUCCGCAAGCCGGCUGCUCCCCCCGGAGGACGGAGUCCCCCGUAG